AGAUAUAAAAAUUCUAUAUAUAUAAUAUGCUGAAAAAAUUUAUAUAGAGGUUACUUUUUGUAAUAUUGGGAUAGAUGCGUUAUAUUUAAAUGAUUAAUUCGUAUAAAAAUUAUAUCGAAAUAAUUUAUAUUUAUACGUAAAGAAUAUGUAAAUAUUACAUUUUUAUAUAUCGGGUCGAUAACAAUUUGUAUGGUAGAAUUGGCCAAUAAUGUUUUGGUCGAAGGACGCUGUUGCGCGCGAAAAUCGAGAGAUCGAUCGAUCGUUCUGCGUCGCGACCGUCUAACAGUGCGUUUGUCUGCUGCGUGCAUGUGCUGUGGUUGUGUGGUAAUACGUUUCAGUGUAAUGCUUUUGAUUUUCGGGUGAAAAAAUUUCUGAUUUAGCAACGAUUAUGACGAAAUCUGUACCCGACGGAUGGCUCGAUUACAAACCGUACGGAGAAGUUAUAAAGGGCACGAAAAUCUUGCCGUUUAAAGUACCGCUAAAGGAAGCCGUAGUCAACAAUUUAACGCCCGAACAAAGAUUCACGCCGACGAUACUGCUGCAAGCGUUUCCGCGUCUGAAAUGUAUCGUCGAUCUGACGAAUACAGAACGCUACUAUGACAAAAAGGAAUUCACAAAUGCCGAUGUGAAGCAUGAGAAGAUUAUGAUACCCGGGAAGAGGGUACCACCACAAAAUAGCGUUAUGAAAUCGAAAGCGGAAAUGAUAUUUGAACGUAGAAGAGAAAUCUUAAAAGAAGGGGAAAAAACAAAAAAAAAAAAAAGAAAAAGAAAAAAAAACAAAACCGUGCGUAGGUGGGUCCGUCGAUGGAGGAGGAGUAAACCGAUGAGAAACGCGUACUCGUCUUACGAGCUGGACCACCCGGGCGAUCGCUUCAUUACAUUCUUUAAAGCGAUGGACGAUUUCAUGGCAAGCGCCGAGGAGGACGAUGUCAUAGGAGUACACUGUACGCAUGGUAUAAACCGCAGUGGGUAUCUUAUUUGUAGGUAUCUCAUUCAACAACUAGGCUGGGAACUACAAGAUUCUUUAAAAGCUUUCGAGGAGGCACGUGGGUACCCGAUCUAUCGUGACGCAUAUGUUGCUGCCUUAAAGGAGAUACCACGUGGUGAGAAGAUCGAUACAAAUAAAAUCAAUCUAUUUAAUCCAUCGACCACUCGUAAAGAGAAUUACUCGAUACCAGUAAGAAGAGUGCUCGAUCAGUAUAGAUUAAGACUGAAACAUCCAAAAGGGAGACCAGUGCCAUAUCCAAUGGGUCCACCGCCAGGAUUCAAGCCACACCGUCGUGGAUUCACGAAUGGAGCGCCUUAUCCACCGCAACCUUUCGGUUUUGGUGCUCCACCACUUGGAUUUGGUUCGAUGCCUCCACAUCCGCCUGGUAUGCCACUUCCACCGCCCCCAGGGCCACCGAUGUACGGUCCGAGACCUUUGAGAUAUGGACCACCACCGCCCCCACCACCACCACCACCAGCCAUGAGAGCAUCAGGUCCAGGCUUUCAUCCACCAGGCUUUCCACUGCGUUUACCAGGUCUACCGAGAAUGGCUGGUCCACCUAGGUUACCACCUGGUCCGCCAUCUCGAUUACCACCUCCAAAAAUGCCUCCGCCUCCUCCACCACCUCCACCACAAGUUAGGCAGGCGGUUGUUGUUAAACGACUACAAGCUCACAAAAAGAAACAUCAUAAUCAGCAUCAGGAGCAACAGAUUGCUAGAAACGGUAGAAUUAUACCACUUGGGAGUUCGAUGAGGUUAACAAAGCGCGAAGUCAGUACCGCCAGAAGGAUUAGAAAUAUCACUUCAAAAAUUACCAAGGAACAGGACUUUACCGUAGAUACUUUUGAGGAAAAUCUUUUGGCUGUCUCAUCGACGAACGCACAUUUGCGACGGCCAUUAAAAGGACGAUACCAUCAGACUAAGUGAUGAUGUGUUAUCUAGGAUGGGGCGAUUUAUCAUUUAAAAACUUACAAUAUGUUGUGUAAUAAUGUCAUUCGCAUCAGUCGCUCAAUGUGUUGCUAUAAAAUCCCUUAUGGCGACAUUUUUAAGAUAGAAGGAAAAAGAAAAUGUGAUUUUUGCGAUCUCACCGUUCUUGCAGCAUUUACGAACGGUAUUCGAAUAGAUGCGAGAGAACGAAGAGAAACGUUUUGAGACGGAAUAAACUUCUAUUUCUCUCGGUCUUAAUUCCUAACAUACAUAAAAAUCAAACGAGGAAUCUUUGUUGAUUCUUUAUUCGCCUUGUCGAUUUUCUAGACGUUUAUCUAUUUCGACUAAAAAUCUAUAAACUGUUGUGAAAUAUGUCGUCGUCGUUUUUCCAUCCGAACAACAUGGCUCUCAUUGUUGGGAAAAAUCUAUACAGGAACCUACUACUACUACUACUACUACUACUACUACUACUACUACUACUACUAUUACUACUACUACUACUACUACUACUACUACUACUACUACUACUACUACUACUACUACUACUACUACUACUACUACUACUACUACUACUACUAUUACUACUACUACUACUACUACUACUACUACUACUACUACUACUACUACUACUACUACUACUACUACUACUACUUUACGUUUAAGACUAUGUUCGACAUUGACAAAUAAACGCACUUUAUUGGUAAGUUCCUUUUUUUUUUUUUUUUUUUUUUCUUUUUCGACUAUUUAAAAGACGAAAAUUAUGUGUGGAUUACGUGUAUCGUACUAUUAUAAAAUUAUCGUCGAAAGAAAUAGUUUAGAUUAAGGGAUUAGAACCUGACGUCUCUCGUGUCUCGUUCGAAGAUAAUUAAAGUGCUUCAAUAUUCGACCUCGGUCAGGGAUCAUGCGUGUAGAUGUGGUGAUAUUGAUCAUAUUUACGAACGCACGUAUCGUAUAUCAUUAAGCGAUUGUACGCGCCUUAAAUGGAAUAAAAUUCCACACGGGGAGAAAUUUCUAGCGUCUUUUUAAAGCUUCUUUUAUAAUUUUCGAAGCUUCUACACGCGUUAUUUUCAACUUUAAGGAGAAAUCCAUAAUGUAAGCUAAGUAGUAACUAUCGACUUUAGUUUCUCCAUUUAAUAAGGAAUCGAACAGAGAAACAGAGAAAAAUAAUAAGAAAAUAAAAAUAGUUUCUCUGAAAUCGUUUGUCGGUCAAAAGUUAUAAUACAAAUACGAUCGACGAUCCUAUAAGGAUUUUAUUUUUUCGAACGGCCUGUUAUAAUGUAUCUCUUUUCAAAGUUCACACAUUAUACGAGUUCUUUCAUAGAUCACGAUGAACAUAAAUUAUUAAAUCCAUUCACAAGCG